AUGAAAAUUCUAAGUUGGAACUGCCGAGGGCUUGGGAACCCUCGGACAGUUCAGGACCUUUGCUUAAUAGUGAAGGAAAAGAAGCCCAACAUUGUCUUCUUAAUGGAGACAAAAUUGAUUAGUGUUAAAACUGAAUGGUUGAAAAGUAGGGUGGGAUUUCAGAAUUGCUUUGUGGUGGACCCAAUGGGGUUAGGGGGAGGUUUGAUCCUGUUUUGGGACAUGGAGGUGGAGCUGGAGGUGUAUAACUACUCUCAGAGACACAUCAAUUCAUGGAUUACUGACAGAGAUUCUAAGUUUAGCUGGCUUCUCACUGGCUUUUAUGGUCAUCCCGAGGUGCAUAAAAGGCAGGAGACAUGGAGAAUGUUGGAAUCUUUUAAGCCUUCAAAAGAGGAAGGUUGGUGUGUCCUGGGAGAUUUCAAUGAAAUUGUUAUGGAUGCUGAAAAGGAAGGGGGAAGGCCACGGAAGGAGUCUCAAAUGGAUUCUUUUAGAGAGGCUCUUGAAGUGUGUGAGUUGCAUGAUGUGGGGUGGAGGGGAAAUAGAUUCACAUGGAGUAAUAAACACAGUGAUGAGACCUUCACUAAGGAACGGCUAGAUAGAGCAGUGGUUAAUUCUAGUUGGAAUGAUACAUAUGCUGGCAGGGAACUUGAAAUCCUGGUCUCAAGAUGUUCUGACCAUAAACCUAUCCUUCUUUGCUGUAAAAAACCUACAAGUCUUGAAAGACUCAAUAGUAUGGGCUUUAAAUAUGAAGCAUCAUGGGCUCUUGAGGAGGGGUGUAGGAAUGUCAUUGAAGCAGAAUGGAAGAAGGGUGUGGAAAUGAGAAACACGGGGCUGAGGAUACAGAGUUUACUUGAAAAAUGUAGUGUGGCCUUGAGGAAAUGGAAUAGACACCUGAUUAAAGAUAGAGGGAAGGCAAUACUUGAGAAGACUGCAAGCCUCAAACAGCUUUAG